UUUAAUUUCACCUCCAUAUCAACUCAACUGUCUUAAAGUGGGGUGUCUCCUCAAGUCGUGACCACUAGAUUGAUAGUACUACUUUAUUACACAACUAGAACCCAGAUAUGAUCAAACCUCAAAAUUAACACAAUCUCAUUUAAUUCUUGAUCUCUUCAGUUUCAAACCCCACUGUGGAUCCAUCCUCUAUGGCUGUCCCUUUCAAAGGCAAGUCUUUUUAUCUUCAUUUCCUCUUAAUCUUUCAUUUUCUUGAUUUUUCAUUUGUUUAUGCAAAUUCAAUUCUUGAUAAUGAUAGUUUAGCUGAUCAUAAUAAUGAAUUAGUAUCUCAAAUACCCAAUGAAAAGAUGAGUGAUUUAGAUGUAUUGAAUCAACAACAAGUGCAUAUUGAAAAGCUUGAAGAGGUGGUUAAUAAUCUGACUGAAUUAGUGUACAAGUUGGAAUCUUUUUUUAAAGAAAGUGUAAAGAUUGAAACUUUUGAGGGUGAGGAGAAAAACCCUGUUGGGGAAUUAGUUGAGACUGAGAGUGAGGAGGGGGGGAGUGGAAGUAGUGUGAGUGAUGGAGAGAUAGUUGGAGCUGUGUCGAUUACGAAGCAUAGUUUGUUUUGGUCUGAGAGGUUUCAGUUUGUGUCUGCUGUGAAGCUGGAUUCGAGGGUUAGUUGUGUUGGUGUAUUGCCUUUUAAGGAUUCGGAAGGGUUGAGUAAGUAUGUUGCGGUUGGGAAUGAUCAAGGCAAGGUUUAUGUGUUUUCGAGGAAUGGGGAUGUGCUGAUUGAGUUCAGUACGUUGGCACUUUCACCGGUGACCACCAUGUUGUUGUAUAUGUCUUCAUACAAUCGGAGUAUGUUGGUUACGGGGCAUGAGAAUGGAGCAAUUUUGAUGCAUAGCAUAUCGGAGAUGUCGGGUGGAGAGGAAGGAUAUUCGCUUGUGAUGGAAACUGACACAAGAUUUGUCAUAUCUGAGAUGGAAGAAGGCGGGUCAGCAAUUACUAUCUUGGAAAUACAUCAUGUUGGGAGGACGAGGUACAUUAUAUCCACUGAUGCUAGUGGAAAAAUUAAGGUUUUCCGAGAGAAUGGAGCGCUUCAUGGGUUGGCAGUGCCAAUGAGCAGACCCCUUGUGUUCUUGAAGCAAAAGCUCUUGUUUCUAACUGAGACAGGGGCGGGUUCUCUGGAUUUAAGGACCAUGAAAAUUCUGGAGUCAGGUUGUGAAGGUCUAGAUCAGUCUGUUGUUCGGAAUUAUGUGUUUGAUGCUACAGAGCGAUCAAAGGCGUAUGGUUUCACAUCAGAAGGUGAAUUGAUCCAUGUAUUACUGCUAGGUGAUAUGAUGAACUUCAAAUGCAGGGUUAGAUCCAUGAAAAAUUUUGAUGUGCACAAGCCUCUUGCAAUUCAGACUAUUAAAGGGUAUCUGCUUCUUUCUAACAGGGAUAAGGUAUUUGUAUAUAAUGUCUCAUCUUCGCAAAGUUACAGGUCUGCUGGACCUCGGUUUUUAUUCUCCGCGGGUCUUGAGGAGAUUGUAGCCUCAUUCCUCAAGUGUCAAGGUGAGUCAGACGACGAAAAGGAAGGGGUAAUACCAUUGAUAGCAAGUGAUCAGGAAAAGCUAGUCAUUCUCAGUCUCGGAGCCGGAUACGUGGGAGUGUAUCGGUCGACUCUUCCGAUUUCCAGAGUAGAAUACAGUACCAUGAUCUGGGGAACUCCUCUAGUAAUAUUUAUAGUUUUUCUAUUCGGUGCAUGGAAAUUUUUUGGCAAUAAAAAAGAAGCGUAUUCCCUCUGGGGGCCUGAAGAUCCUUUCACAUCCACUUCAGUAACAAAUGAAAAUGAAGCUGCUUCGGUGUCUGAUUCAGGGGAUAGGUCUUUCCUGGAUUCUUCUCCGAAAAGUGAAAUAAUGGAUGUAAGAGGUAGCAGUUUAAGAGGUCCAUCGAGAAGGUACGGUUCACCACCCCGGUAUACCGGUGGAGUAGCGAGUUCGUUCAGGCCAAACCCUUCUGAUACCAACUCCAGGCCUGCUCCUGUUGAUUCAAAUUACAGGACAGCUUCAGAGUUGAAGUUUAGGGGAUCAAAUCUUGAAUCGACAACUUAUUCACAUACAAGAGAGAGCUUAUAUGGAAAUAGACCGGUUGUGGAUGAUAGCAAUUGACUUGUAAAAUCAGUUUCAUCCUUAGCAAGUCUGUGUAAUCUGAGAUGUUUGGUUAAAUUAUAGAAUUUGUUAUUGUAAAACAUCUUUCUAGUAAUCUUCUGAAUGCAAUCUUAGU